GGAGCAGCUCCAGCGCUGUGGUCUGCACCGAGGGGCGGAUCACACGGUUAAGUUGACGCCGCGGUCGGAGCCAAAGAUACUAGAGGAGCAAGAUAGAUCACUCGAUGAAAAGGCUGUAGUGCGCUACUCUAGUAUCUUGGGUCGGAGAGCAGGGGAGAGGAGCCGACAUGGCGGCCGGCCCGCCCGUCACCAUCAGCAUCGAGGCGGCCUGCGAGAAUCAGGUGCAGGAGGUCGCUCUGGAUGGCACCGAGGCCUACUUGCAGCCGCUCUCCAUGUCGGAGAACCUGGCCAAGUUAGCGCAGAAAAUCGACUUUAACCGCAGCGACUCGGAGGGCGAGGAGGCCCAGGCCCCGGGCGGGGAGGAGUGGGCGCAGCGGCAGCAGAACAGCGACGACGAUGACGCAAUGCUGAAGUUUCAGCCCUCCUUGUGGCCAUGGGACACAGUUAGAAAUAACUUGAGAAGUACUCUGACAGAAAUGUGCGUACUUUAUGAUGUACUUAAUGUCCUCAAGGAGAAAAAGUAUAUGACCUUGGACCCAGUCUCUCAGGAAUCACCACCUUCCAAACAGGGUUUGCAACUGUGUGGGAAGAAGAAAUCCCUCGCUGGAGCUGCUCAGAUUCUCUUGAAAGGAGCAGAAAGAUUAAAUAAAUCAGUGUCUGAAAACCAGGAACAUAAACAUCAAAGAGACUUCAACUCAGAGCUACUCAGACUACGACAACACUGGAAACUAAGAAAAGUGGGUGACAAGAUCCUUGGAGAUUUGAGUUAUAGAAGUGCAGGGUCCCUUUUUCCACAUCAUGGGACAUUUGAAGUAAUAAAGAAUACCGAUCUGGAUUUAGAUAAGAAAAUUCCAGAUGAUUAUUGCCCUCUUGAUAUUAUGAUUCCUAGUGACCUGGAGGGAUCAGCAUAUAUAAAGGUUUCUAUACAGAAGCAGACUCAUGAUAUUGGAGAUCUUGGUACAGUCAACCUCUUCAGAAGGUCUCCACCGAAGACCAAUCCAGGUACCGCACACUGGCAGUCCAAGCUGGAAGUAGCACAAAAUGUUCUGUUGUGCAAAGAAAUAUUUGCACAGCUGUCUCGAGAAGCAGUGCAAAUUAAAUCACAGAUACCACACAUUGUAGUAAAAAACCAGAUCAUCUCCCAACCAUUUCCAGGUUUGCAGUUAUCCAUUUCCUUGUGCCACUUUGUGAAUGAUAAGAAGGCUUCAAAAGCAUGUGUUGAGAAACAACGGCCUGAUGACCAUCUGUAUGUGCUGGAACACAACCUGCAUCAACUAAUGCGAGAGUUCCAUAAACAGACCUUGAGUUCUUCAGUGAUGCCCCACCCAGCUUCUGCCCCUUUUGGGCUGAAGAGAAUGAGGUUAGCAGGACCCCAAGCAUAUGAUAAAGGAGAGAUCAGUGCUCUACAGCAGAAUGAAGGAUUAUUGGAGAAGAUAAUAAAACAGGCUAAGCAUAUCUUUUUGAGACGUAGAACUGCAAGGACAAUUGACAGUUUGGCCAGUCGUAUUGAAGAUCCACAGAUACAAGCUCAUUGGUCAAAUAUUAAUGAUGUGUAUGAAUCUAGUGUGAAGGUAUUGAUAACAUCUCAAGGCUAUGAGCAGAUUUGCAAAUCAAUUCAGCUGCAGUUGAACAUUGGUAUUGAACAGAUUAAGGUGGUGCACAGGGAUGGUAGAGUAAUUACGCUCUCUCACCAGGAGCAGGAAUUGCAGGAUUUCCUUCUAUCCCAGAUGUCACAGCACCAGGUGCAUGCUGUUCAGCAGCUGGCCAAAGUAAUGGGCUGGCAUCUGUUGAGCUUCAGCAAUCAUGUGGGCCUGGGUCCUGUGGAGAGCAUUGGAAAUGCCUCUGCAAUAACUGUGGCCUCGCCCAAUGGAGAGUAUUCAAUUUCAGUACGAAAUGGGCCUGAAAGUGGUUGUAAAGUAGUGGUUCAGUUUCCCAGAAGUCAAUGCAAAGAUCUUCCCAAGAGUGAUGUGAUGCAAGAUAGUAAAUGGAAUCACCUUCGAGGACCAUACAAGGAAGUACUGUGGAGUAAGAUGGAAGGACGCAACUUUGUGUAUAAAAUGGAGCUCCUAAUGGCAGCUCUUGCUCCUUGCCCUUAAUGUAUGAUUUUUGUACAAAUCAGUCUUUCUGCAGGCACCUUCCACUUGCAUUUACAGUUUGGUGUAGAGUUCUGCUGAGUUUUAAAUAAUAAGAUACAAAUUUGAAACUGCCAUCAAAUAUUUUUUACUUAAUUUGUAAAGGUGUAUUGCAUUGUUUAAUGUAGAUGGUAGAUUUAAUGGAUACUGAUUGUUGACAGUUAUGAUGUCAAGUAUCAUUUCAUUGUGUGUAUAAUUUUCUACAGUUUGUAAAUAAAGUAAAAUGUUUGAUUGCAA